AUGGACCAUGAGAAAGGUGCAUUCGAUGGACUUGCAGCAUCUCUGAAGGCUGAGCUCGAGCCACAGCAUGCGGACCUCCUACUGUUCGCUUGUUGUUUGACAUCGGGACUUGUGGAUAGCACGAUCUACAGAGCCUACAACACCUUUGUGUCUAUGCAAACAGGAAACACCAUCUUUGUCGGUCUGGGUGCAUCGCACCAAAACCUCCGUCCAUAUGGCUGGGCGCGCUCGCUCACCUCGAUUGGAUGUUUCAUCCUAGGAUCCUUCCUGUUCGCACGAUUACAUCGCGUGUUAGGUGCUCGGCGACGAGUGACAUUGAUGCUGUCAUUCCUAGUGCAGGCCAGUAUAAUCCUGCUUACGGCUGGGCUGGUUCAAGGGGGUGCCGUUUCUAGUACGCUAGCCGGUAAAGGUUCGCAGGUGGCACCGCCAUGGAAUCAGGAAGUCCCGAUCGUUCUCCUCAGCAUGCAGUCUGCCGGUCAGAUCGUAGCAAGUCGUGCGUUGGGAUACAAUGAAAUCCCAACCGUGGUGAUUACCAGUCUUCUCUGCGAUCUCAUGUCGGACCCCCAGUUGUUUCUUAUCAGGAAUGUCAAACGCGACCGGCGAGUCAUUGCGUUUGUGCUGACCCUUGUGGGCGCCAUCGUUGGCGGAUGGAUCACGAAAGUGACCGGGGGUGUUGCUCCCAUUCUCUGGUUGUCGGCUGGUGUCAAGGGCUUGCUGGUCUUGGCCUGGGCCUUUUGGAAAGCUAAGUAG